AUGGAUGUGAUGGUGGAAGGCCCGCGCGCUACUCAGGUGGCCAGCAUGCUGCAUGAACGGGAAAUACCCUACGCUAUAGCUGUUGGUGACGUCAACGUUCUCCUGGAGAGGGAACAGGGCACGGUACUGAAUAAGCUGAGGAGGAAUUCUAGCGCAAAUCGUACAAUGGAUUGGCAUACAUACCAUCGUUUGGAUUCAAUUUACGCUUUCAUAGACAACUUGGGAAGAGAGUACCCGUACCUAUGUACAGUUAUGGUGAUCGGCAAGUCUGUUGAAGGAAGAGAUUUAAAGUUACUGAAAAUAUCCAAUGGCAAUUCGACGAAUACCAGUGUAUGGAUGGACGGUUCUAUACAUCCUCGGGAGUGGAUAAGUACAGCAGUUGUUACGUAUAUAGCAAACCAUCUAGUCAGGAACUUCACUAAUCUGUCUGACAGUGUCACAAAUAAGGACUGGUAUAUCCUGCCAGUAUUAAAUCCAGAUGGCUACGAGUAUACGCACACUUACGAUCGAAUGUGGAGGAAGAAUAGAGCACCAUAUGGUGAAUGUGUUGGUGUGGAUCUAAACCGGAACUUUAGCUAUGGAUGGGGAGAAAAAGGCGAAGAAGGUUCUUCAGAUGACCCGGGGAAUAUUUUUUUCCGGGGAUCGAAGGCAUUUUCGGAGCCAGAGACGAGUGCUGUUAAGCGUCUGAUUGUGGGGGCGGACACGACUUUCAAAGUGUUCCUCUCCUUCCACAGCUACGGUGAAGUGAUAAUCUUCCCCUGGGGCUACACAGGCGACCCCUGUCCGGACUAUGUCGAACUUUUAGAAGGCGGGACCGCGAUGGCCAAGGCAAUCUUUGAAACCAGUGGUCACACAUACAAAGUCGGCAGCACCAAGGAUCUGAUGUACUACGCAGCAGGGAACAGCAUUGACUGGAGUUACGGUGUGGCCAAUAUACCGUAUUCUUACAUGGUAGAGCUUAGAGGAAAGCAGUACAGAUUUCUACUGCCAAGAGAAGAAAUUAUACCGACAGCAAGAGAAGCUAUGAGCGGCGUUUUGAGACUAAUGGAGUUCGUCGAUACGAGAACCAAGAGUGCGCAAUCUUGCGCAUCCACCAAAUAA